AUGGGAAGUACCUAUAACACAAGUUAUAGAACGCAUCCUGGUAAAACAUUACUAACCAGGAAACCUGAUGAAUGGCAACGUAGCAAAAUUAAAGCUACGACAGGAGACAGUGGCAUUUCUUCACAUACAGCAACAUUCGAAGAACCAAUUGAGGAUCAAUACAUUCGCAGUCAUACUGCAUCAAUAGGAAGGCGUGAAGCACAAGUAUGA